UUUCCAUGCUGAAAUAUUUUUAACCUUAAAUCUCACUUUUCCAUAUUUAUUUAUGUUUAUAUGCUGGUUUUGUCCGUGCUUUCUGAUGUACUCAUGUUCUUGUCACUCAAAGAAUGUAUAGAAUUAAAGCAUAGGAUUUCAGUUUAUUUUUAGUUUAUUAGAAGCAUGUUACUGAUCAUAAAUUCAUAAAGUAAACCUUCUAUGAUGAACUGUUAUGGGCUAUGGAAAAACAUUUUAAAUUGGGUGUCAAAUUUUGAAGGUUUGUCACAGCAUAAAUUUUCUGUUAUUUUUUUUAAAUAUGCCUUUUUUUCACUUUCACUGCCAACUAAAAUAAUCAUCUUUAUUGACAAGUUGUCCAACCGUUGCAUUACAAGAUGUUGCACUUGUUACAUUUUCAGUGCUGAAGACCAUUGCUGAAAUAACGUUUCACACGCUAGCUGUAUUUUUUAAUCGCUGCACAAACUAGACGUUGCAAUUCCUUAUUUAUGCACAGGUUAAAGUUUUGAAUGUGCAGAGGGAAUCGGUUUUCUAAGCGCCCGUUAGAGGAAGACCGCCAUCUCCAGACCAGAUGGUGGCAGUAAGUAAUUCUACUUUGCCUUGUCAAGCAGCAACAAACCCGGAGGAAGGACGCGGGCAAUUCACUAGUGCACUAUUUGUUUAGGGGACGCGGAUGUCACAGUCAGCGCAGCCCGGCGCGAUGCCUUCAGCCCCGGACUCCCCAUCUCUGAGCGUGACCGUCAGCGGGAAUGUGCAGAAGUACAACAUCAAGAAGAAAAAGGUCUUAAAUGCGGAGGAGACUGAGCUGUUCGAGCUCACUCAGGCUGCUGGGAUAGUCAUGGACCAAGAGGUUUUCAAGAUCAUAUUGGACCUGUUAAAGAUGAACGUUGCUCCUCUGGCAGUCUUUCAGACCCUAAAGACCAUGUGUGCUGGGCAGAAAGUCUCUGAGACAUCCAUUGGUGACACAUCCACUUCGUCCCACACCGCCACUGCACCUUCAGAGUCUAGAGAAGAGGAGGGUGUGGUCUCAGGAAAGAGCACUAAAACUGCAGCACCUCCCUCUGCAUCUGUGUCCCGCCCACCUAGGGGAGGGGCUAAGAUAGUGGUCUACAGUGCGGGUGACACGAGUGCUCCCAUCUCUCAAGUACGCAGUAAAACAAGUUCAGGGCAGGGGGAGAAAACUGCAAGAGAUGGUUCUAGCCAGCGGGUGCCACGGCAGGUCAGCGCCACCAGGGGGCAGAAGAGCGCCAAGAGCUCAGGCAGCAGUAGCUCGUCUUCUCAGCUCACCUCCAACUGAAGGUCUCCAUGAAUUAAACAACACAUUCUAAACUUGCUGAAAAAAAUAUGCUCAUUUUUUUCUGUUGGAGAAGUUUCCUGUAGAAUUGGCAAAAACUUUUGCACUGUAAACAAAAAUUGCUGAGUUGUUUUAGGGAGCUCCUUCGGGAUGUUUUCAGUGUUUCAUUGAAGACUUCUUUGCAUCAAAUUUGCAUCCAGCCCAGAGAGACUAUAGCUGAAGCAUGCCAUAUUUUCCACGGUUUAUUUUACACUUUCACACCAAAACCAUUUGAGGAAAACACAGAAAAUCUUUGCUAUCUUUAAACCAUCCACUUUCUAAAAUCCAGCAGCUUGGGGCUGCUGUGAACCACAUUUGUUUUAAACUGUGCUUGUAUAAGACACUCUACAUUGUCUUGAUAGACUGUGAUGUCUAUAUGGGUUUUAUUUUCUGUUAUUUUUAUAAGUCAAAUGUGCUUUUUAAUGCAUUUAUUUUUAUUAUAUUUCUUUUCUUUUAUCCAUUUUUUUAAGUGCAUCUCUCCAAUAUUGAGUUUUUAAAAGCAAUUAAUGUAUGUUGCACUUUAAAUCUUUACUUGAUGAAGGACGGUUUGUAUGCAUAAAUGCUUUAUAAAGCAAAAUA